CUGACGUUUUAUGUUUUUAUGGCGUUUGAGCCUCGUUAGUACCCGUAGUUAGAACGGUUGCUUAGGAACACUCGUCCACAAAACACAACGUUUUUUUUAAACGCUAGCUACAGCUCUCAAAACGAAAGGGAUAAAAAGUGGACUCGAUACACCCAACAGCUGUGGCUCCUCCUGGACACACAUCCUCUGUCAUUAUUAGUCCAUCCUGAAGGAAAUGUCAGUGCCUUUCUCCAACACUCACCUGCGGGUGCCGCAAGGGUUCGGUGCCCUCCUGGAGGGACUGACCAGAGAAAUACUACGGGACCAGCCUGAAGACAUUCCUAAAUAUGCGGAACAGUACUUCGAAGCUCUCCUCAAACAGAGAGAAGAGAGCGGCAUGGACCCUGCCGAGUGGGCUGCUAAACUGGAAGAUAGAUUCUACAACAAUCAUGCUUUCAAGACUCCCAAGCAGCCUCCUCCUGAAGAUGAUACCACAGCAGAUGUGACCGGUUUCAUAGAAAAAUCACAUGGAUCCCAAACUGAUGAUGAAUCAAGUGAUGCAGCAGAAGCCACGACACACCUUAAUAUCACUGAUGACGUCGACUUAACUGAGAGCAUGGAAGAAGAAGAAACACAUAUGAUGUCAUUAGAAAGAAGACCUUCAGAGGAAGAAUCAGACACCAAGCCCCAAAUUGCAGAUGUAGAGUCAGAAGAAGAGAGCUACCCAACCAUUAAUAAACCUGAUGAAGUGGACAGGGAAUCUGAUGUAAAUGAGAAUAACUCACUUGCAGACCAAGACAUACCUCAGUCUGAGUUAGAGUCCAUAGACUUCUUAUCAAUCAAUGAGGCUGCGAAUGUUGAUGUGUGUGCUCAGGAGUUAGGAGAAGGAGAAGAUGAAGAGGGUGAUAAAGAAGAGACAGCUGUUGUAAAUGAAGAGAUUUUCAACUCAGAAGAAGAGGAAAACUCUGAAGUAGAAGAGCCAGUAGAGGUCUUUCCAUAUUCUGGACUGGCUAGUGUGGAUUUGUCUGCUACAGAGCUUAGAGAAACAGAAAUAAAUGUGGACAAAGCCAUAGUUGAAAGCGAUGCACAUGCUGUUGAAGAGAAAAGCCAAAAUCUCCAGCUUGAAGUAAUUCAGGAGCAAUCAUCACUGUCUCAAUUUGAAACAGACGAUCCGUCUGAAAUAACAAAACCAGAGGAAGAAAUAGAAAAUGAAGUUCCCAAUAAGGAAUCAUAUGAAGAGUUAGCUCAUACUGGUAGGAGCUUAGGUAUUCCUGAUAUAACAGAGGGUGAUUCUUUGGUUGAGAUGAGCUAUGAAGAUGAGGUCACUGCAGUGGCAACAGGGCAAAUAAUGUCUGGCCUACAAGAUGAUGAACUUGAAAUGGAGGAGGCUGAAGAGGAAGCUAUCUCUGAAGAGGAGGAAAUGGAAAGUCGCCAAGAUGCAGCUGAAAUAAUAAAGGGAGAAAUGGACACAAAUGGCUCUAAUUUAAAUUACAGUGAUGAUGGUGAGAAGAGAGAAGGCGUUAGAAACAUCAGCUCAUCACAUCAACCCACCACCGAGGAGGACGAAGAAAAGCCAGAGAAUGAAACUGGUCAUAAAAAUGAAGAAGAGAGGAUGAGUGAGGAUGAGUUACACCAGAAUCAGGAUUCUGAAAAAGAGCCUAACUUCAAUGACUCUGAAGAUGAGACCACAGAAAACGAGGACCUACAUACAGAGGGUUAUAAAGGGAUGGAGGAUGAAGAAAUGAAUGAUGGUGAUGAAGAAAAUCUCGCAACCCAGUCGAACGUAUCAGUCGCUCCACUGGAGACCGGAGACCAGAGUACCGAGUCACAGCCAGAGCAAGGAGCGGAAGAAGAUGUCACACCAGAAGAGGAAGAAGAACCUACAGAGGAAGAGAAAGAGACGGUUGAUCCUGAAAUACUGGAGAAAAGUGAUGUAGGGAGUACAGAGGAGGUCAUCAGCCUCACUCACAGAGCAGAUGGGACAUCUGAGGAAAGACCACUGUCACCUAAAGAGGCCACCACAGAGCCUGACGGCAAGGACAGUGACACGCAGGAGGAGUGCAGCCGACCCCAAGAGGAGGAAGACAUCAUGGAUAUCCCCCUGGAUGACCCGGAGGCCAACAGGGCUGCUGCCAAGAUCCAGGCUGGCUUCCGUGGCCACAUGACCCGUAAGAAGAUGAAGCCGGAGGACAAAGCAGAGGGGGAGGAGGUGAGCAGCACUGGGGAUGUGCUCAACGGCAGCCAUGGGGACCCAGAGACAGGAGGAUCGGGGGCAGUAGAGAGAGACGACACAUCUGUGCCAGAGCAGUGACACCCCUGUCCUGACCUGGAUGAAGAGAACGGGGGGGGGGGGGGGGGGGGGG